CUGCAACAACACAAAGCCGCAAACAUUUGGCUGCCAUUGUAGUCCUAUUUGAUUUCACUAUGCGCUCGUCGGUUGCUCUGGCGUUGUGCGUGGUGAUGCUGCUCGGUCUGGCUGAAGCUGGUUCAGCUGGUUUGGCUGGUUUGGCAGAGUCCACUUGUCAUCCGCUCUGGCCACUCACUCGGCCGUUCCUGAUGCGGCACAUCGACAGCGAUGGAUACUUUUCACACAAGGUCAUCGUCUUGCCAUUCAAGCAGGGUCGCGAGCUGGAGAAGGCCCUCCUCACGUCCGACUACCCUGCGCUCAUUCUUGUCCAUUCGCCCUCCUGUCCGCACUCGGUCGCGUUUCUUCCGAUUUACCACACGCUGGCCGCGGCGUUUCCGUACUUGCGCGUCAUUGCGGUGCAGGCGGAUGAGCACGUCGAGACCGUCCCUGUCAUUCACUAUCUCGGACGGCACCUCGACACCCAUCUUCAGUUCCAAAGCUCCUACCAUGGCAAUCGCAGCUUUGAGAGCGUGGCUGCGUUUGUAACGCGGCAUUCUGGCCAGGUGCCGUUCGAAUCCAUCUCCGUCUUGCCAGAAGACCUGCCAGAUGGGCAUUUCGACCUGCGCACCCUCAGCGAUGAUCGACUAAUAGCCUCAAGCAGUUUUGUCAUUGUGGCGACCGUCAUUCUCCUUCUGGUUUGGAAGCGACCAGCUCUGUGAGUUUUUCCAUCGUUCGAGACAAGUCCGUGUUGGCUUUUUUUGUUUGCGAACAAGCUUCCUCCAGAGUCAAUCAAGCCCCACACGAGACGACAGCACACUAUGUUCAUGUUAACGACCACCUCUUAUUCACACCCCUCCCUGCCACCCACUCUCACGCGGCAGGAGACACCUCCACCCCACCCCCCAACAUUUAUUGUACCACCACUUUUGAAGAUGGCAUCUUCAAACGCCUGCAUGUCGUGCCGUCCGAUUCUUCUGUACUAAACGACCUUUUAGUGA